UCUCUUCUUUGUUUAAAAUUCCUGUACCGGUUAAUUUCUUACUUCCUUUGAUGUAUAUAAAUGAAUGUCCUAUCAUGCUCCAUUCAUUUUGGUAUGAUUCCUUUCUCUUAUACGCUAAAGCUACUUCUGAAUUCCUGAGUGAGAGAGAGCAUUUCGAGUUCCCUGGAGAGAACUCCUUGAGUUCCCCCAACCACUUCAAACAAAACCAUGACUUCCCCUCUCACUGCUGAUACCAUAGCAGAUCAGGAAGUGCUGGACCUUGAGAAACUUGACUGUGUUGAUAGGGUCCAGUGGGUGCUUAAUACCCCCAAUCCACCAGGGUUAGGCCAUGAGCUCAUGGAAAGUGCUUUUUCUUGGAGAAACAAAAUACCUUUCCUUAACAAGCAGUCGGGAUGGAAAGUUGAACUGUUUUCAAUGUUGCAAGCAACAUUUCCCAUCCUUUCUUGGUGUCAGAACUACAAUGCAACAAAAUUUAAGCAUGAUCUAUUGGCAGGUCUAACUCUUGCUAGCCUCUGCAUUCCUCAAAGUAUUGGAUAUGCAACUUUGGCGAAGCUUGAUCCUCAAUAUGGCCUCUACACGAGUGUUGUCCCACCUCUCAUUUACGCUGUGAUGGGAACUUCAAGAGAGAUAGCAAUUGGACCAGUUUCUGUGAUUUCACUACUUAUAUCCUCAAUGGUACUGGAACUUCAGGAUCCUGUUGCUAAUCCGAUUGCUUAUAAAAGGCUUGUGCUCACUGCAACUUUCUUUGCGGGUACCUUUCAAGCUGCCCUUGGACUAUUCAGGUCAGGUUUCCUUGUGGAUUUUCUAUCACAUGCUGCAAUUGUCGGAUUCAUGGCAGGCGCUGCCAUUGUCAUUGGUCUUCAACAACUCAAGGGACUACUAGGAAUCACUCACUUCACAAACAAGACUGAUGUUAUCUCUGUCAUGAAAGCCGUGUGGAGUUCCUUCCAUCAUCCUUGGAAUGCUCAUAACUUUGUUCUCGGAUUUUCAUUCCUAAUUUUCAUCCAAAUCACAAGAUUUCUGGGUAGAAGGAACAGAAAACUCUACUGGUUGCCAGCUAUUGCUCCCCUAAUAUCUGUCAUUUUGGCAACUCUUAUUGUUUUCCUAACCAAAGCUGAUAAGCAUGGAGUUAAGACAGUAAAACACAUCAAAGGAGGCUUAAAUCCGAGUUCAGUGCACCAGCUGCAGUUCAACGGGCCACAUGUUGGAGAAGUGGCCAAGAUUGGGCUGAUUGUUGCUAUUAUUGCACUCACGGAAGCAUUUGCAGUUGGUCGAUCUUUUGCAGCCGUAAAGGGGUACCAUCUUGAUGGAAACAAAGAAAUGGUUGCCAUGGGGUUCAUGAACAUCAUAGGUUCUUUCACUUCUUGCUAUGUUGCAACUGGUUCUUUCUCGCGGACAGCUGUGAAUUUCAGUGCCGGUUGUGAAACUACAGUGUCAAAUAUUGUGAUGGCUAUUACAGUGUUCAUAUCCUUGGAAUUGUUCACAAAGCUCUUGUACUACACUCCAAUCGCAAUCCUUUCUUCAAUUAUUCUCUCUGCUCUUCCAGGGCUUAUCGAUCUCAAUGAAGCUUACAAUAUUUGGAAGGUUGAUAAGCUAGACUUCCUUGCUUGCAUUGGAGCCUUUCUAGGGGUGUUAUUUGCAACAGUGGAGAUUGGUCUUCUUGUGGCGGUAACAAUUUCAUUUGCAAAGAUAAUUCUCAUAUCAAUCAGACCAGGCACUGAAACCCUUGGAAGAAUUCCUGGAAGUGAUAUGUUUGGUGAUGUCAAUCAAUAUCCUAUGGCUGUGAAGACUCCAGGCGUCUUAAUAAUGCGUCUCAAGACUGCUUUACUUUGUUUUGCAAACGCCAAUUUUGGUAAAGAAAGGAUUAUGAAAUGGGUUAUUGAAGAGGAAAAUGCUGAAAAGACCAUUCAACUAGUAAUUCUUGACAUUUCCAAUUUGAUAGACAUUGAUACAUCAGGAAUUGCUUCUCUGGAAGAACUGCAUAAGAAUCUUGAUUCAAAUGGAAUGAAGCUGGCCAUUGCAAACCCUAGGUGGCAAGUGAUUCACAAGUUGAAGCUGGCUAAAUUUGUGGGUAAAAUUGGAGGAAAGUUCUACUUGAGCGUUGCAGAAGCUAUUGAUUCGUUUUCUCUCUAGACAAGAUCCCAGCUUUAAAAAAAAAAAAAAAAUCAGUGUUGAAGCUUUUCAAUAUCAAAGUAUGGCUUGCUUGUCCCUUGGUGUGUAUGUUAAUAUUGUCCCGUACUACAUCCAUUUGUGGCUAGCAAAUGGGACUGAUGAUAAUGAAGAGUCUUGAACUCAAUGAAGAAAUAAAGUGCGAACAGC